GUCCCUUGACUCUCACUGACUCGACGCGACACACUGCGACUCUUUGACUUUGGCAAGCACAUCGACGCACCCGAACAUGCCUGCCGCAGUCGCGCGGCCCAAGGCACCGCGCCUCGGCUCUAUCAACCCCUCGAAAGCGGCGGGCACCGGGUACAUCUACCAAUCCGCAGAGACAAAACGGAAGGCACAACCAGCACCAGUACGAGCCUCGAAACCUGAGCGGCCAAAAUGCUGCGACGAACCAAACAUCAGCGAUGCCGACGAGGGAGGGGCGAUCUGCUACAACUGCGGUCAGGUCAUCGAGGAGAGCCACAUCGUUGCCGAAAUCACGUUCGGUGAAACGUCUGGCGGGGCAGCAAUAGUCGAGGGUGGCUUUAUUGGAGAGAACCAGCGACACGCCAACUCCAUGGGUGGAACUAUGCGAGGUCUUGGUGGCAUGGGAAGCAGAGAGCAAGCUGAGAUGAACGGAAGGAGCGAGAUCCAGAAGCUUGCCCAUGCACUGAAGAUUCGACAAGCAGUCGAAGACCAGGCUAUUGGCUGGUACAAGCUGGCCUCGAACCACAACUUCGUCCAAGGUCGCCGCAUCCGCAACGUCGCAGCUGUUGCUUUGUACAUGGCAUCUCGAAGACAGCCAGAGAACACGCUCAUGCUCAUGGAUCUGGCCGAGAAGGUGCAAGUCAACGUCUGGCAGUUGGGUGAUACAUACAAGCAGUUUCUGAAGAAGCUGCGGGAAGAAGAUCCGGCGCAACUCGUGGGCAACAAGGCAGUGCAAGAGAUCGAGCCUCUCAUGCUGAAGUACUGCCGCAAGCUUGAGUUUGACGAAGCAUCGCACAAGGUCGCAGAUGACGCUUGCAAGCUACUCAAGCGUAUGAGCAGAGACUGGAUGGUACAAGGUCGACAACCUGCUGGAUUAUGUGGCGCGUGUAUCAUUCUUGCAGCCCGCAUGAACAACUUCCGUCGUUCUGUACGAGAAGUCGUAUACGUUGUCAAGGUCGCCGACUCAACAGUCAAUCAGCGUCUAUACGAAUACAAGAGGACACCAAGUUCGGCCCUGACCGUCAAUCAGUUCCGCGAGGUUGGUCACAGGAUGAAAGUUAAGACUCUGCCACCAGCCAUCUGGAGACGAGCAGAGCGAGAAGAGAACAAGGCGAGGAGGAAGGAGAAGGGGGCCGCACAAGCAGAAGGUAUCACUGCGGAGGAGUUGGAGGCGAUGGAGACAGAAGCCGGCCCAAGCACAGCACCAACAAGGGCCAGCAAGAGGCGCAAAAUAAACGAUGGAGCCUCUCAGGACGCCCCAGCCCAACUUCAAACCCCAGAUCCAACACAGCAGACACCUCAGGAAGUAGUGGACAUCGACGCCCUGAACGAAGGCAACGAAGACGGUCUUGUAGACGCCAUUGGUAGUGCCUUCGCGGAGACCAACGGCGACGAUCCACUCGAUGACAACGUCGUCAUGCCCAAGAAGCGCGGCCGCCCACCCAAGAAACGCGAACCCAUUCCCAUCUCUGAAGAAGACCUUGACAUCGAGCAAGAAAUCGAAAAAGAAAUCAACCAGGAGGUCACAAGGUGGGAAACCGUCUUCAAAGAAUUCGCCGACAACGACAACCACGAAGUCCUCAAGCGCACCGGCCUCACCGCCAAAGAACUCGCCGACACCCUCACCCCAAACCGCAACGUCAGCACGCUCCCCGACAUCGGCGAAGACGAAUUUGAAGACGAUCCGGACGUUGCAAACUGCAUUCUCAACCCCGCCGAAGUCAAGCUGAAGGAGCGCGUCUGGCUGACGCAAAACGAAGACUGGCUGCGCGAACAACAAGCCAAGCUGCUCGCUGCCGAGCUAGAAGCCGCGCUGGACAAGCCCAAGAAGCCAAAGCAGAAGCGCAAACUCCACCGGAUGGGCGAUGGGAGCGUGCUGGAAGGCCAGCCUGCUGCUAGUGCGGCGGACGCCGCGCACAAGAUGUUGAAGAAGCGUGCCAAGGGGUUCAGUAACCAUAUCAACUACGAUAGAUUGAAGCAGCUGUUUCCUGGAGGCAACACGGAUGCGGCGGGUACGCCGUCGGGUAGCGGGCUGGGCGCGAGUCCGGCGCCGAAUCAGACUGCGAUUGCACCUGCGCCUGUUGAGGUUCAGGAAGAGGAAGGCGAGGAGGAGUAUGAGGAGGAGGAGCAGGAGGAGGAGGAAUUUGAUGAUCCGGCGCAGUAUAGGGACGAUGAAGAUGAAGGCUUUGGGGAUGACAACUAUGACGAUUACUGAGCAUUGGUGCAAGGGGGAUAUUUGACUCGAGCAUAUUGAUAGACAUUUGCUUGCACAGAUAGUCCUGGCAUUUUAGCCUUGGACGGCGUUCAUACUGGGGACAGCACUGGCACAGAUACCCCGCUUGUAAGCGUAGCAUAUUCAAUGGAG